AAUCGAGAUCGAUUACUAUCGCUGAUACCUAGAGAUCCUCAGACGGGAACGGUGCUCUCUGCGGGCAGUAUCGUGCACGAGCUUGGUACUUGUAGGCCUUGUGUAUUCGCUGGUAAUGCGGAGAGGCCCUGCGUGUACGGUAUGGAGUGCCUCUUCUGCCAUUUCCAUCAUGAUAUCCGUAAAAGAUCAAGGCUGAAUCGUAAGUCAUGCUCAUGCUGUGGAACUACAAAAGAUCACACUAGAUCAUCUAUUGGAUGGGG